GCGUCCGCGUCCCCGUCCGUGUGUGCGUGUGCCAGUGUGCGUGUGUGCGAGGCGCCAACUUGCCCCGGCAGAAAGUAUAGAAAAUAAAUAGUCAGCCCAAUGGCAGCCUAGGAGAGCGCACAGGAGGCAGUGUAAAGAAUAUACGUAUAUCUCGGCACAGAAAUAUUAAAGAAAAUUAAAUCCCCCCCGAGGCUGUGGUGUGAAUAGCCGCUAGCCAGUGAAGUGUGACGAAAGAGUGGCCCAUUUUCCCUGCCCAAAGAAAGUACAUUUUUUGGAAAUCAAAGUCAAACCCAAGCACUUGGAUCCGGUCUGGACUAUUAAACGCUGCCACCAUGGAAGGUCUCCCAGGCCCUCAGUCGACAAUGGCCAACGCCUCAUCCUCAACCUCAUCCUCCGCCUCCGUUUCCGCGGGAUCCCAGGGAGCGUUGAGUACGUGAACGUCUCCGCGGAGAAUGUCCGCUUGCAUGACAAUUGUAGCGUGCCGGCAUUCAGAAAACGCAGCAUCACCAGCAGACGACGCGGCUGAGCGAGCAGUACGUGAAGUGAUUCUCAACAAGGUGCAACGGCAGGAGGACUAAGAGGACUAAGACCAGCAGGAGCGCAAGGACAAACCAACGCACAUGCACGACGGAAAGGCUUAGCACCUGCACCACAGCGACACAGACAGGAGCAGUAGCAGCAGCAGCAGCAGCAUCAGUAGAGCCAACGCACGGAAUAAAAUCCCGUUCACUUUAACUGCCAUAUAUUUUUUUUUGCAAAAGAAUAACAAGCAACCUUAUUGAUGUUUAAAGGUUAAAUAAAAAAAGGACAAAUAAACGGGUAAAAUUCCUGCCGCAACAAGAGAAAGCGAAAAGCAGGACACGCCACAAACAGCUAUCUUGUGGUCAAUUAUAAAAGAGAGUAAAAAAACGCGAAAAAAACCAUAUAAAACAAGGACACAAGUUAUCCGAAAAACAACGUGGCCAUUGUGACCAAUAAUAAUAAUGGUUAUGUUGCUGCACUUGAAUCGCCACCUCCCGCCAUCAGCAGCAACGCGAACGCGGCGGAAAGUCACGCCCACCAGGACGCACACGUGGCUAGUCCUGGUCGUGGUACUGGUCCUGGCUCUGACCCUCUCCGGAUGCACUGCAGCGGGAAUUAGCUACAGCAGCAACAGUGGCAACCUGAGCUCAUCACAGCGCAGCUCUGGCUCGGGGCCAUCGACCAGCAACGGUGGCCUUGUGUUGAUCGGAUCCAGCAGCGCCACAUCCAGUUCCGUGCCCUCAUUAUCCCUCACUUCAUCAUCAUCGUCAUCGGCGGGUGGCUCCACAUCCUCAUCCACCAGCAGCAGUAGUUCGUCCUCCUCGGGUGCCUCGAGCAGCGGAAGUGGCAGCAGCAGCAGCAGUAGUAGUGGCAAUAACCGCAGUGGACGGCCCUCUGGCAGCAACUCCAACUUCAAUUCCAACUCGAAUCAUGAUCAAUUACCCGCCCAGCUAACGUCGCGGAUUAUCCACGCACGCAAUGGCGCCAUAUCGGGCGUAAUUGUCCAAUUAGAUGGCCGGCACUUGGAUCCGGUUGAGGCGUAUCGGGGAAUACCCUACGCCUCGCCGCCGGUUGGGAAUCUGCGGUUCAUGCCGCCCGUCUCGGCGGCCAUGUGGUCCAAUGUGAAAAAGGCGGACAGAUUCAGCCCCGUUUGCCCGCAAAGACUGCCGGAUAUCCACAAUGAGACGGCGGCCCUGGAGCGGAUGCCCAAGGGCAGGCUGGAGUAUCUGAAGCGAUUGCUGCCGUAUCUACAGAAUCAAUCAGAGGACUGCCUCUAUCUAAAUAUUUAUGUGCCCAUACAAGUUGGUUCGCGUGACUCCUCAGGCAGUUCUUCCUCCUCUUCGUCAUCGGGAAGUGGAAGCAGCAGUUCGUCCUCCUCCUCAUCGUCCUCAUCAUCAUCGUCUUCAUCGUCUUCAUCGUCUGGCAACGGAGGAAGCCCCACCAAGUAUCCUGUGCUGGUCUUUGUGCACGGCGAAUCGUAUGAGUGGAAUAGUGGCAAUCCCUACGACGGAUCCGUGUUGGCCAGCUAUGGACAAAUAUUGGUGGUAACCAUAAAUUAUCGCCUCGGAGUGCUGGGCUUCUUGAACGCCAACACGGACCGCUACUCGAAGCUGCCGGCCAAUUACGGCCUGAUGGACAUUAUAGCGGCGCUGCACUGGCUCAAGGAGAACAUCGAGGCCUUCGGCGGGGAUCCGAAUAGCAUCACAUUGGCUGGCCAUGGAACCGGGGCGGCCUGUGUGCACUUUCUCAUCUCAUCGAUGGCCGUGCCAGAGGGCCUGCUCUUCAAUCGCGCCAUCCUGAUGUCCGGCUCUGGCCUGGCUCCCUGGUCGCUGGUCAGCAAUCCGGCCAAGUAUGCGGCCAUUGUGGCCCAUCAUGUCAAUUGCGCCUCCGAUCUUCCUCAUGCCCACCUCAUGAAGUGUCUGAGAGAGAAGACACUGGAGCAACUACUUAGCGUUCCCAUUCGCCAGCCGGAAUUUGGUUUUGCCUUUGGUCCCAGCAUCGAUGGUGUGGUCAUCGAUGGCGGGGAUUAUGUGCCACCUGCUCCCGGGUCACCGGCUGCCCAAGCUCAGGCCCAGGCAUCGACGGCGGCGGGUAAUGGACUCGGCGGAGAGGCGGGAAUUGCAGCUGCCGGAGGAUGGGGAACGCCCGGACAACUAGAGAAUAUUGUAUUAAUGAGAAAAACUGCCAUUAACAAGUUGUCAAGAUACGACCUGAUGGCCGGCGUGACACGUGCGGAGGCCUUUUUCAGCUUCAAUUCGGGCGACGUGCAAUAUGGCAUCGAGGCGGAUCGACGGUCGAGAAUUUUAAAGGCCUACGUACGCAACACGUACACGUUCCAUUUGAACGAGAUAUUCGCAACGAUUGUCAAUGAGUAUACGGAUUGGGAGAGGCCCGUCCAGCAUCCAAUUAAUAUCCGGGACGAAACACUGGAGGCACUGAGCGAUGCUCAGGUUGUGGCACCGGCGGCACAAACAGUGGAUUUGCAUUCGGCAGAUCAUCGCAACUCGUAUCUGUAUGUGUUUGACUAUCAGACACGUUUUGGCGAUUAUCCUCAGCGCCAGGGUUGCAUUCACGGCGAGGACCUGCCCUAUAUCUUUGGUGCACCACUCGUUGGCGGUUUCAAUCACUUUACGCGCAACUACACGAAAACCGAAAUCAGUCUAUCGGAAGUCGUGAUGUUCUACUGGUCCAACUUUGUGCGAACUGGCAAUCCCAAUGAGCAAAUGGAGGCUGAGCAUGGCAGUCGUCAAGAGCGAAGUCGCUACAAGACCAUCGAGUGGACAGCCUACGAGAGUGUACACAAGAAAUACCUUAAUUUCGAUACCAAACCAAAACUAAAGAACCACUAUCGAGCACAUCGCCUCUCCUUCUGGCUGAACCUCAUCCCGGAUCUGCACAAGCCUGGUGGCGACAAUGUGCCGGCUGCUCACCACCAGCUGCGGGAUGAUGACGAUGAGGACAACAACAUACCCAAUGAUGCCUCCGUGAAGCCACUCAAUCCGCCUUACUCUUCACGGGCUGCCAAUGCAGCGGCCAUGGGAAAUUUCACGAUCUUCACCAACCAAGUUUUCUCCCUACUGAACCUAAGUUCUCCCUCAUCCUCGCUCCAGAGAAAUGGCACUCGUUAUGGUGGCGCCAAGAUAUAUCCAGAUGAUAUGAUGGAUGGUGAUCAUGGAGGAGGUGGUGGUGCCGCCAGUGCUUCACAGGACAAUGAUGGCUUUGCGGCCUAUUCCACUGCCCUGAGUGUGACCAUAGCCAUUGGAUGUUCCCUGCUCAUCCUGAAUGUUCUCAUCUUUGCGGGUGUGUACUAUCAAAGGGACAAGACCCGACUGAGUGAGCCGCGACCACAGACCAAGCUGAAGAGGCAAGAGAACGGACAAAUGCCGAACAACAUUUGCGGUGACCUGGAGACCCUGACCAUUCAUGCCAAGAGCGAUCCAGCCACCAUACUAUCGCACCACCAUGCCAUGCAGCACCAUCAACUUCCGCCACCGGAAUUCGCGGACAUUCCCCACCGGGCACCACCGCCGCCGAAGCACAUGAAGUCCCUGCAGGAUCCCGGCGGCGGUGGGUCGGUAAGCGGUGCCGUGGGUGUUUCCGGUGUGGUCCAAAUGCCACCGCCCCACGCACUGCAGGUAAUGGGCAACCAGUGUGGCACACUGACAAAAAAGAGCUGCAUGAAGCAGACCCAGCAGGCACAGGCCCAGCAGCAUUCGCCCGCACAACAGCAGCAGCAGCAGCAACAGCAGCAACAUGUGGUUACCCACCAGCAGCAUUUGCAGAAUCAUCAUAAUCAAAGCAUGACCACUGUGCUGACCACGGCCGGUGGCCUGGUUGUGCCUACGCCGCCUACAGUGCCGGUUAUUGUUGCCACCACAACGCAGCACCAGCAACACCAGCAGCAGCAGCAGCAGCAACACCAGCAGCAGCAGCAGCAGCAACAGCAGCAGCAACAUCCGCUGAUGGACGAGUUGCGUGUGUGACAUUAAUUGACCGUGCGUUUUAAAUGCGACCUCUAAACGCACAGUGUCCUUAAUGUCCCAUCCCCGAUCCUCUUAGUCCUAAAUCCCCUUUCCCAUGCUGUUUCCAUAUAUAGAUGUGUAAGUGAGUGCAGGGAGCCAGAGCUGUGUCUAUCCAAUAUACACAGAAGCUGCUCCAUCUUCAAACUCUGUUGCUAGUUGGUUUUUCAAGAAUUACCCUGUAAAUAGUUAACUAAGUGUAGAUUGUUGUCGAACUCAUUAUCAAGAAGAGUUAACUUAACUGAAACUAAGCAGGAAAACUGUACACUAAAUAUAGUUUG